CCAUCUCACUUGUGCAAGAGAUAUACUGAAGGGCCUUGUGGGUGGUUAUUGUUCCAUCAGAGAUAGGCUGCAUUACAUCAACUGGUCUGUGACUUUGAUGCAUGAGGCAGAGUUGUAUGACCCAACAUGUGUUUAGUCAUGUCAAGAAUGAGGAAAGGCGUUCUAGAAAAGAAGUGAACAAGCCCACAUAGGGAACUCGGAAGGGACGACUCGUGUCAACUCAACUCCGUUACUCUCCAGGCAGCCAUGGGGACUUUCUUUCUGGUUUUUCUCUUUUUGUCAGCGGCAACAAACGUUUUCGGUGCCAGCAUCUGCACAUCACGAGGAGUCACCACUUGUCAACAGUGCUUGGCCGUUGAUCCUAGCUGUGCAUGGUGCUCUCAGGAGGAGUUUGGGAAAAGGGGAUCCGGCGCGUCCCGCUGUGACCUGAAGCAGGAUCUACUGGAUGGAGGAUGCAAAGAGGAUGCUCUGGAGUUUCCGUCCAGCACACUGAUUAUUCAGAAGGACGAACCGCUCAGCGACAAGGCCUCAGGGACUGCUAGUGUCACUCAGAUCAAGCCUCAGAAAGUCCACAUGACACUAAGACCAGGUGAUGCCAAGCAGUUCAUCGUGUCAGUGAAACAGGUGGAAGAUUACCCAGUAGAUCUCUACUAUCUGAUGGACCUUUCAUAUUCAAUGAAGGAUGACUUGGAUCGCCUUCGCACGUUGGGCAACAAGCUUGCCGCAGUUAUGGGCCGCACUACAAGCAACCUACGCAUGGGGUUUGGAGCAUUUGUGGACAAGACCGUCUCUCCUUACAUGUACACAUAUCCUCCAGAGGCAGUGGCAAACCCUUGCGAUGAAAUCAGCACUACAUGUCUGGCUCAAUUUGGGUUCAAGCAUGUGUUGUCACUGACAGAGAGUGUAGAUCGCUUCAAUGACGAGGUGGAUAAACAGCAGGUGUCUAGAAACAGAGAUUCUCCAGAGGGUGGAUUUGAUGCUAUCAUGCAGGCGGUGGUGUGCAAGGACAAGGUUGGCUGGCGUCCUGAUGCCUCACAUCUUCUGGUAUACACCACUGAUGCCAAAACUCACCUUGCUCUGGAUGGACGUAUAGCUGGAAUUGUUCAGCCCAAUGAUGGACAAUGUCACCUUGACAUUGACAAUGUCUACAACAAGUCCAAUGUGCUGGACUAUCCUUCCUUGGGGCUCAUGACGGAGAAAAUGUCUGAAAACAACAUCAAUUUAAUUUUGGCUGUGACGACCUAUGUACUUGAUCUUUACAAGAAUUACAGUAAACUUAUUCCUGGAACAACUGUGGGAAUGCUCUCCGAAGACUCAGGGAAUGUAAUUGAGCUCAUUGAGCAGGCUUACGCGAAUAUCCGCUCAAAAGUGGAACUGGAGCUGGUAGAUGUCCCAGAAGAGUUAACUCUCUCCUUCAACGCCUCUUGCACUAAAGGAGAGGUCAUCCCUGGACUCAAGUCCUGCUCUGGCCUCGUCAUUGGUGACACAGUGUCAUUCAGUGUGGAGGCCAAGUUGCGAGACUGCCCCAAAGAGAAGAGUCGCACAUUUACUAUUAAACCUCGAGGCUUUAAGGACUCCUUGGAGGUCACAGUAGAUUUUGCGUGUGGCUGCGACUGUGAAGCAAUGGCCGAAGGCAACAGCUCGCUCUGUAGCAAUGGCAACGGGACGUACGAGUGCGGCGUGUGUCAGUGUCACCAAGGUCGUCUCGGCCCACGAUGUGAAUGUUCAGUGGAAGACUACAGACCAUCUGACGAUGCCAACUGCACCCCAAAUCCAGACACUCUGAUCUGCAGCGGGAAGGGCGACUGUUUGUGCGGCCAGUGCUCCUGCCAUUCAAAUGACUUUGGUCAGGUGUGGGGCAAAUACUGUCAAUGUGACGACUUCAGCUGCGUGCGCUUCAAAGGGGCACUGUGUUCCAAUCAUGGGAAGUGUAGUUGUGGGUUCUGCCAGUGUGAUUCUGGCUGGAAAGGAGAGAACUGUAACUGCAGCACACGCAUUGACACCUGCUGGUCCAGCAAUGGCCUGCUGUGCAGCGGCCGGGGGAACUGCGAGUGCGGGGUCUGUCAGUGCACCCAGACUGGUGCCUACGGAGCAACCUGUGAGAAAUGCCCCACCUGUCCCGACUCCUGCGACAUAAAAAAGCCGUGUGUUGAAUGUCUGCACUUCAAAAGAGGACCGUACAUCAAAGACAACAGCUGCAGCAAAAUCUGCAAAGAUGAAAUUCAUGUCGUAGAAGAAUUGGUUAAAAAAGAAAAGGCAGUCAAUUGCUCCUACAAAGAUGAAAAUGACUGUGUGGAGCACUUCCAGUAUUACGAAGAUGAGAAUGGCAAAUCCAACCUGAAUGUGAUAAAAGAGCCAGAGUGUCCUGAAGGUGCAGAUAUCUUGGUGGUUCUCUUGGCGGUGGCUGGAGCCGUCCUGCUACUUGGCCUUGUUGGCUUGUUAAUAUGGAAGCUUGUAGUCACCAUUUCUGACCGUAAUGAGUUUGCCAAGUUUGAGGAGGAAAGAGCAAAGGCCAAAUGGGAUACGGCGAACAAUCCUUUGUAUAAAGGAGCAACAUCCACCUUCACCAAUGUAGCAUACAGAGGCAACUAACAUCCAAAUGCAAUGAAACUAACUCAGGGUUCAACGACAAAGAUGGAAUGUAGCAGCAGAGAGAUGGAAGGGAGGAAGAUCCUUUACACUGUCAUGUAUCCGGCUGCUGUAGCUGAUAAGUAGGUAUCGCUGUCAACAACAUGAUGUAAUAAUUGUACAUAUUGUAAAAAAUAACUGAGACUGUUUAUCUAAGGCUUCCUGUUUUACUUCAGUAUAGUACAUGUAAUUUGAGUUAUAAUAAUAAUAAUAAUAGACUUUAUUUGGCAUGGACAUCACAGAUACAAUGGACGAACCAGAUGCAUUGUUUAAGUGUUUUAGCAAGCAUGCUAGUUCUCAACCCCUGUCCACAGGUUAUCAGUGCCUUAAUCAGUUAAUAAUGGUUGUUCAAAACUUGUAUCAUUACCUCUGAGUCUUUUUGAGUUUGCUCACAUUUUUAGAUGAAAUUGAAAUCACCAUGACCGAGCAGAAAUAAGUCUGUGUCUUUUAGAGUCUAGCUGUUUCUUCUUGACUUAACUGAAAAGGGCAAUCUCAAACCAAAACAACAUUUGUCACAGUGGAGACAGUAGUAUUUGUAUUAUUAUUUGGAAAGGCUUUUAGAGGUUUUUGUGUACAUGACAUUACCUUUUUUUUUUUCCUAAAACAAACUUUUUUUUUGUGUCAUGAUUUUUAAAAUACAGCCGCAUUGUGUGAGUCUACUGUUGGCUUUGAAAAGGAGUGAAACCCCUUUACGACAGCCUCUAGGCUGAUUUGGUUUACAGUGAUGAUUGUGUUUGAAUAUUGUUUUUUGAAAUGCACAUGUUCCGUUUCUUUUUGCAUCAUCACCUGUUUUCAAGGUUUGCUUGGCUUUUUUAUUGUUCAUUUGAUUUUAAGCGUUGGUUGACCAUGUCGUGAUCUGCACAUUGUGUUACACUGAAACCACAUCUGUAUAUGAGCAAACUUUAUUGCACAAAUAGUACUGUCUCAUAUUUCUGGUAAUUUUAUGACAAAAACAAAACAUGUUACUCUUUUCAAACCACUAAGAGAAGAAUAGAGAAGAUGUGAUGUGCCUUUUUCCGUACAACUUGGACUCUCCUUAACUUCAUGACCUGAAACGUGUUCCAUUUAUCUGUUUUCAAUAGAAGAUGCCUUAGUUUGAUAGGCACAAGAAAUACCAAAUCAUUUAUUACACCUCACCUCGGUGUCUUUUGUGUGCAACUUGACAUUUGGGGUCAUUAAACAAUUUUCUGUAAAAGCCUAAGAAGAAAGUAAAAUUAUUUAGAUUUAAAAGCAAUACCAACAUUUCUUAAAAAGAAAGAAAGGCUAGGUUAUUCAUUUUUUUUUCUCUAUUCACUGUGUGACAUUGUAGACAUCACUUUUCUGAACGUACAUAAUAACUAAUAAUACAUUUUUAUCACUGUGUGAUUUCAGUGAGAAGCGGCAUGUUUCAUUCCAUCUUGUAGCUUCAUUAGGACAAACAGUGAGCUAUUACACAAACUUUUGGGGCAUCAUAAACACAGUACAACUCACGAAACAAUUUCCUGUUCUAUUUCCAGCCUUUUCCUGCCUGCUAAAAUUGAUUAAAUAUGUCAUCAGUCAUAUCAUGUCACAGUAUAUUUCCUGUUGCAUGCACCAUGUGGUCGAGAUUAAGCUCUCUGUCUGUCCACUUCUUUGCUGUACAAUCCGAGAUAAAUUGGGGUCACUUUGCACUUCCUCUUAUUGCACACAUUUUUUUUUCUUUCACCACAUCCUGAGACACCAGUGUGUGUUGUAUCAAGUUGUGUUACUACACUGUGUUGGUAUUUAAGUUCAGGAUGGUAAUAAAAAUGUACUUUCAGCA